CCUCCCACUACUGGCCGAAGUCGUUUGAGCUUCAAAUUUGAGAAUUUGUAAGCGGUUGUUAGCUGUUUUCAACGCUAAUACCGCCAAAAAAAAUCUAAAAAACUUCACAAAACAAAACAAAAAAAUCACAAAAGUAUAAAACAARUCUUUGGUUUCUUCAAAGACAGAAAAAAGAGAGCUUUUUACACGAAAACUCAGAGAGAAGUAACCUUACAUAGUUUCAAGAUGAAUACCUCUGCUGGCCCACCGAACUACCCUAUGGCGUCAUUGUACGUUGGUGAUUUAGCUCCAGAUGUAACCGAAGCGAUGCUUUACGAGAAAUUCAGCUCUGCUGGACCUGUUCUGUCCAUUCGUGUUUGCCGUGAUAUGAUUACAAGACGUUCUUUGGGCUAUGCUUACGUGAACUUCCAACAACCGGGCAACGCCGAAAGAGCGCUUGAUACGAUGAAUUUCGACCCGAUCAAGGGCCGACCAUGUAGGAUCAUGUGGCAACAGCGAGAUCCCUCACUUCGAAAGUCAGGUGUAGGAAACAUCUUUAUCAAGAACUUGGACAGGAGCAUCGAUAAUAAGUCUCUCUAUGAUACCUUCAGUGCUUUUGGGAACAUCCUCUCCUGUAAGAUAGCUGUCGAUGAUCUUGGAAAUCCAAAAGGGUAUGGCUUCGUCCAUUUCGAGCACGGCGAAGAUGCUGAGAAAGCCAUCGAAAAGGUGGAUGGCAUGUUGCUGAACGACAAAAAAGUCUUCGUAACCCACUGGAUGUCCAAGAAGGAACGAGCAGAGAAAAUGGGUAACCAGCCUAAGAAGUUCACAAAUGUCUACAUCAAAAACUUUGGUGAAGAAAUGACUGAAGACAUGCUGAAAGACUUGUGUGGUGAAGCAGGCAAGGUUGUGAGUUUGAAGAUAAUGACAGACGAUGGUGGAAAGGGAAAAGGAUUUGGUUUUAUUAGCUUUGAAAAUCCUGAUGAGGCUGAGAAGGCAGUUGACCUGUUGAAUAACAAAGAUACCAAUAGUGGACGCAGGAUGUACGCCGGACGUGCAAAAAAGAAGGCUGAAAGAGCUGCAGAAGUGAAAGCUGAGUUUGACAAGAAAAGACAAGAGCGUUUGAACCGYUUCCAAGGAGUGAACCUCUACAUCAAGAACCUUGAUGACGACAUUGAUGAUGUUCAGUUGAGAGAAGAGUUUGCUGUUUAUGGAACAAUCUCUAGUGCUAAAGUCAUGAAAGAUGAUAAGGGCAAUUCUAAAGGGUUUGGAUUUGUUUGUUUCUCAUCUCCUGAAGAGGCCACCAAGGCAGUUACAGAGAUGAAUGGAAGAAUCCUUGUCUCCAAGCCACUGUAUGUUGCCCUAGCACAGCGCAAAGAGGAAAGAAAGGCCCAACUGGCUGCACAGCAUAUGCAGCGUGUUUCUGGAUUGCGUAUGCACCAGGCUGCUGGUCAACAAGUUGGACAGAUUUUCUCUCAGACUGGAGGCUUCUACAUGCCCCAGCUUCAACAGGGAACACGCCCAUUCUUCAGUCCCCAAAUGCAACAGGUUCGUCCACGCUGGAAUAUGCAACAGCAACAGCAAAUGCGGCCUGGAGUACCCAACGUUCCUAGUGCAGGAGCAGUGCCAAGGGCUCGAGGUGUACGCCAAGUUGCACCCAGGGGAGUUGGACCUCAGUCUGGUAUGCCRCAAGGUGUGCAAGGAGGCGGACAGCGUAUGCAGAAUGUCCCUAUGAAUCAACCUCCACGAAUGCCAGCUGGACCACAGAUUAGACAGCAACAACAGCAAUUUAAGUUCACWCAGGCAACCCGCAAUCAGCCCACUGGACCAGGCCCUAUGCCUGGAGAUCAAGUACACAGCAUCCAAAUUCCUGGUCAAGAACCUCUUCUCCCUACAGCCCUUGCUACAGCCCCUCCACAAGAAGCAAAGCAGAUGCUUGGAGAGCGCCUCUUCCCCCUCAUUCAGCAGACUCAUCCAGAACUCGCUGGUAAAAUCACUGGCAUGUUGUUAGAAAUCGACAAUGCAGAGUUGUUGCACAUGUUGGAGUCCCGUGAGGCCCUGAAUGCWAAGGUAGAUGAGGCUGUWAAUGUUCUGAAGGCACAUCAAGCUAAGGAUGCCAUGGCCGGUGAAGGACAGAAGUGAAACAAGUGUAGAUGAUGAACUGACGUAAACAAGGAUUUGACUUUCUUUUUUUUUUUUCUUUUCUGUUCCCGUUCUUUCAACUACCGGAUGUGACACAUUUUGUUUAUUUGAAAUAAAGUUCUCUUCAAUGUGAAA